GAGCGGAGGGAGGAAGAGGAGGAGGGAGGAAGAAGGGAGGAAGGGGGGUGUUGUUGUUACCCAGCAGCGGCCAACAUGGCUGAGGAUGACAGCGAAUGGGUCGUGGAGAGCAUCGUUGGCUACCUGGGGAGUCCCGAGUGGGUCGAUCCUGUCACGGACUUCAUGGAGAACAAGUGCACAGUUUUUGAUGACGAAGAUGAAAAUAAGUUAUCGUACACAGAGAUCCACCAGCAGUAUAAGACAUUGGUGGAAAAGCUGCUGGGGAAUUACAUGCAGGAGGUUGGCAUCAACGAGCAGCAGUUUCUGGAUGCAUGCACUUCUCCCUUUGCCAAGUCCAAAACAUUGCAGUCGGUGUUCCAGACAGUUCUGGCUACAGAUGACUUCCAGAUAUUUCGGUCCCUGAUGGUUCAGAAGAACAUAGAGCUGCAGCUUCAAGCCCUCAGAGUCAUUAAAGAAAGGAACGGGGCCCUCCCAGAGUGUCUGACUGACGGUGUGGACGUGAUGACAGAGUUGCAGGAUCAAGAGAUGAAAAUCCUGCAGGAAGUUCUCAAAAAAUCAAAAGAGGAGUAUGAUGAGGAAAUGUCCAGGAGGCUGCUUUUGGAGGAAGAGGUUGGCUCCGCCUCCAGCAGCUGCUCUGAUAAGCCAAUGGCAGAAAGCAGUGAAGCCCAGAAUACCUCCACUGCUCCCAGCCAACAAAGCAACCCUGCCAAGACCGACGCUGAGGGGAAUGGUGACAGCAGCCACAGUAACGGUCACCCCGUCCCACUAGUGAACGGAAACACUCCCACUGAAUUGAAUCUGGUCAACAGCAAAUCUGUCACAAAAGUAGAGAGCAAGACGUCUGCCCCAGGAGGAGGAGCUACGAAGAGUGCAGCUAAGCGCAGCUCCACGUCUAAACCCACACCAGAUUGUGGCAGUAAUGGUGUGGAGUCCAGAGUCCUUCCAGCAGUGAGAGGUCCGGUGAAGUCUGGUGAAGCCUCCGUCAGCCUCCGUCCUGGUACCAAGGAGCAGAGCGGCAGCAGCCAGACUGCAGCGGAGGCGUGUCUGGAGGAGGCGCACAGGGAGGCUGGCUUCUCCAAGCCAUAUACUGAGUUGUCGGCGUCUCAGCAGGAGCAGCUCCAGCAGAGGGCGGCAUAUCUGCGCCAACAGCGAGACAAGCUGCAUGCUCUGAAAAAGGAGCAGCAGAAACCCAAGCAGGUGACUCCACCAGAGGAGACGCCCGCCACCGUCCCGGAGGCAGUGGGGCAGUCCCAGAGGAAUGGGGCUUGUACCCCCACUCCUCCUCCUCCUCCUACUACUCCUACUCUUCCUCCUGCUCCUCUUCCUCCAGCACAACACUCUGCUAACUCCUCCAAACAGAAGCAGGAGAUAUCUGCCGAGGAGAAGAAGAAGCUACAGAAGAGAAAACAUCUGGCUGACAAGCUGAAAGAGGAAGUGAUCAAGAAAUAACCGCAAUAUCCCGAUUUAUUCCCCAUCUGUUUACUCCUUUAGUCACACGUGGCUUCCUUUACGCCGCCUCCCUCAGCCAGAUAAGUUAUUUAGCGUAACACAGAUCAGGGUUUAUUUUCCAAAGAAACACAAACAUUAUGAGAUCUUCCUUCUUCAAAAGUUAUUUUUGUCGCAGUCUACACGGGAAGAGGGCACGUCUACUUUUAUAUCUUGGAUGUAUGUACCAGUAUGUGGCACAAGUAUUCUAGCAUGUUUGACUGAGAGAGUGCAGAAAACACUAAAGAGCAGUCAGUCGAUAUGCUGCCAGUGUUAAUAGAGUCGAGUGGAGAACCCAGAUGGCUUUUCCUUUACUUUAUCACUACACACCUGUUUCUAAAGCACUCCUAAUUUGCCACUGGUUGCACUACAUUUAAUCUAAUGACAUUUAAUCUGCUUCCAAAUUCUAAAUGCAAAAUUUAUGGACUAUAUAUAGUGUCCUCAAUAAAAAUCCCACAUUGGAAUGAAAACUGUUUUCACAGCAUGUACACUACUUGAUAAAAAUCUAACAAUGCAGUGCUUCACUAUUGACAGUAUCAGUGUUUAUUAUACAACACUGCACUGAUCAGUUAAGGUUCAAAAUCAUGAUUCAUGACUGAUUUGUGUGCUCGCGACAGACUAAUAAACCAGUGACUAGUGACUGAUGGAGUGAUGUUGGACACACCCCCUCUUGUUUCUCUGUAGAAAACAGUCAAAGAAGUAACUCAAGGUAUCAGUGAGUUAAGGAUUAAUGCUGGUGGAAGAGUGUUGCGUUCAGGUGACGGUAACGAUAGCUAGCACAAGUGUACAGUCUCGUCGUUAGCGUUUCCCAGAGGGUAGAGUCAGCUGGUACACGUAAAGCUGGUGAAACACUAGCAGCCCGUCCUAGUCAAAGAGCAGUGUGGGAGUUGUCAAGAUGAACACAGUCAUGUGAUUGUGAAGGGGCCAAGAGAACAGUGUGUCGCUUUCUACGAGGAAUGCAGUAUUUCAUGUACGCUGUUUAAUAAAUCACAUUUUAUAGAAACAAGCUGGAACCCCAGACUUUGUGUGUAUAUAAAAAACUACAGCCAUGUUUUAAGGUACCUGGUUUCAGACGGGUCUUCUGUUUUAAUCUGGAUAGUGCUUUGUUGUUCUGCAGAGCCACGAGGGAUUCAUCACCAUGUGUUCUCGUUUCUAUUUGGAACAUUGUUCCGAGUACAGAAUAUUUUUGCAUGAAACACUUUCCUGGUACAAAAACAUGUAAAUACUGUUGAUUACUUGCUGUCAAAUUUGUACAAAUUGUAUUCCACUAAGUAAUAUCGAAAAUUGCUUAAAA